CCUAUAUAGCGCUGCGUUUGCACCGGCGUUAGAUUUCGCUGGAUUCUGAAGGGAAUUGUCGCCGGAUUCUGUACGAAGAGCUCUUGGAGUGCCGAGAAAAUAUCACGAAAAAGUUCUUUCUAAAGGACGAGCAACCUUCACCAGAGACAGUCUGCUAGAAUCCUCCACAGAUUGCGUCGGACAUCCUAAAAUGUUUGAAACGGAGGGAAGGAGCAUGUCUCGGCUGUCUUUGACCCGGUCCCCAGUGUCUCCUCUGGCCGCUCAGGGCAUCCCACUGCCGGCUCAGCUGACUAAAGCAAACGCUCCAGUCCACAUUGACGUAGGCGGGCACAUGUACACCAGCAGUCUGGCCACCCUCACCAAAUACCCAGACUCCAGAAUCAGUCGCCUGUUCAACGGCAUAGAACCGAUUGUUUUGGACAGUCUGAAGCAGCAUUAUUUUAUCGACAGAGAUGGAGAGAUAUUCCGCUAUAUCCUGAGCUACCUGAGAACCAUCAAACUGCUUCUUCCUGACGACUUCAAGGAGUUCCAGCUGCUUUACGAGGAGGCUCGGUAUUACCAGCUGACGCCCAUGGUGAAAGAGCUGGAGCGCUGGAAACAGGACCGGGAGCAGCGGCGGGCGGCUCAGCCCUGUGAGUGCCUGGUGGUGCGGGUGACCCCUGACCUGGGCGAGAGGAUUGCCAUCAGUGGGGACAAGGCCCUCAUAGAGGAGAUUUUCCCAGAGACAGGGGAUGUCAUGUGCAAUUCAGUCAAUGCCGGCUGGAACCAGGACCCAACCCACGUUAUUCGCUUUCCACUGAAUGGCUAUUGCAGGCUCAACUCUGUGCAGGUUCUGGAGAGACUGUUCCAAAAAGGCUUCAGCAUGGUGGCAUCGUGCGGCGGGGGUGUGGACUCCUCCCAGUUCAGCGAAUACAUCUUGAGUCGGGAAGACAGACGGUGUCAGACCAGCCACACACCCAUCAGGAUAAAACAGGAGCCUCUGGACUAGCCGGCUCUUGCACCAACCACAAACACCUCAGUCUGCUGUCAAAAGAAAAAAUAAUGCCAGUAGACAAAUAGAAGACUUAAUUUGCAAGAAGAGUUUGCUUCAACUCUUCAGACUCCAAGAGGACUGAAAUCUUAGUAAAUGUAUGAGUAAUUUCAUCACCGACCCCAAAUCUGCCCCAAAAGAUGCUUUACAAACCCAAACGAUUCACAGGAUGGCUUUUCAGCUGAACUUUCAGUUGAACUUUUUAGCCAUUUCUUUGGCUCGAGUCAUGAAAAAUGCAUUCACUGAUCUAUAUUUCCACAGUACAGAUCCAUAUCAUAAAGUCGCCAUUGUAUGUGCG